CUGUCUCCACCUGUACCAAUCCAAAUAAUAAUUUCUUCUUCAAAAUUCAUUUGCUCACUACACUUUGAUCUGAUCUCCACAAACCCAAUCAAUUUCAUCAUUCUUCUUCUUCUUCCACAAAGAACAAGGAGAGAAAGUUUCAACACCGUAGCAGAGGAAUCAAAUCUAACCAUGGCAGGUUUCAGUGGCGACGAAACCGCUCCUUUCUUCGGCUUCCUCGGCGCUGCCGCGGCUCUCGUUUUCUCCUGUAUGGGAGCAGCGUACGGAACUGCGAAGAGUGGGGUGGGAGUCGCGUCGAUGGGUGUGAUGAGGCCGGAGCUUGUGAUGAAGUCGAUAGUGCCGGUGGUUAUGGCUGGAGUGUUGGGUAUUUAUGGGUUGAUUAUUGCGGUUAUCAUUAGCACCGGGAUAAACCCCAAGGCUAAGUCUUACUAUCUCUUUGAUGGUUAUGCCCACUUGUCCUCUGGCCUUGCCUGUGGCCUUGCUGGCCUCUCUGCUGGAAUGGCCAUUGGAAUUGUUGGGGAUGCUGGUGUUAGGGCUAAUGCUCAGCAGCCGAAGCUGUUUGUUGGUAUGAUUCUUAUUUUGAUUUUCGCUGAAGCUCUUGCUCUUUAUGGCCUCAUUGUGGGUAUCAUCCUCUCAUCUCGGGCUGGCCAAUCUCGUGCUGAUUAAAACGAGCCAACUCAGUGAUACUUGGUAGUCCAGUGAUUUUUAUUAUCAGGCCUGUAUUUGAAAUGGGAGAUAUUUGUCUUUAGUAUAUUGCUAUUAUUUCAUUUAUUUUCAUACACAAACCUUGUAUCCAAACUCCAUCAGUUUUAUCUAGUAUUUUCCUAUGGACUUCAUA